AACUCAACAUCUAUCCUUGUUGACAACAUCCUUCGCCUCGCGACAAACAGUCCAUGUCCAUCAACAGCUAACUCACAAACACGCGCCACUUGGUCUCAGAACCAAUCAUCCUUCCACUCUGCCCUCCAAACCAUCACUGAUCGAUCACCUGCAUCGUCGCAGGCUACAUCGACGAAAAGAAAACGCACUCCGUCUCCCCCUCCAGCGUCUAAGAAGCCUAGAUUACCAGACGUGUUGCGCCCAGAUGCCGCCUCCGGUCUCAGUCCUAUGGAGGACUGUCCGCUGUGCACCCUGCACGCGAUUUCGGUGAUAUCACCUGUACGGAAGAAAGUUGACAUCACCUUGGGUGCAUGCACGCUUCGCCUUACGCAUCCCAUCACAGGAGCGGUUGAAGCAUCUUUCCCUGUGGCUUCACUUGCUCGCGCGUUCGUUCUCCCCACGCGUGGUAAAGUCAAACCUCACUGGACGGUCGUUCUUAUGUCUCACGACAACCCUCCACGUCCUACCCGUUCAAAAUCUAAUACCUCUCCCGACCACUUCCAAUGUAUUUUUGGUCUCGACGCGACAUGCACUUCGGCCAUGACGGUCACUAGAUACGAAGGCCCUGCCGAUAACGCUGAGAUAUGCAAAGACCCUUAUCCGCCGAAGUCGUUGACUCGCGGGGCCAUCGACGCUUUAUUGAACUGUCUCCCCACAUCGUGCCCAGUUUUUGAGCCGAAUCCUGACACAUUCCGCUCCAACUCAAAAGAGCAAGGGAUUGCAGCGUACCGAGGCGCGAAGGAAGGCACGCUAUGGUUUUUGAAACAGGGCCUGCUAGGGGAAAGCAAGCCCUGUGAGUUUUGGGCCCUCGACGACCUGAAAGGAGGAGAAGCGCAGGGAGGAGAAGCAGUGCGGCUGCUGAGCGCUACAGGCCGGACAUGCUCCGUUUUCGUUACUCGAAAAGCUGCGAAAGAAGGGAAGGAGAAGGGCGUGGACUCAGAGCAAGAUGAAGAAGAGGGUGACGAGACAGAAUUUGGCAUGGUCGAUGGGCGCGAGCAGGACAACAUACGCGAGUGGGUGCGGAAGCACCGUCAUCUGUUUGGUGGACACACACAGGGAGGAAAGGAUAAGGGCAGCACAAACGGGGCUCCCAGUUCCAUUAAUGCACAGGGGAAAGGGGCAGAUGAAGAGGAAGGCGAUGACGUGCUUCGAGACUCGGACGAUGAAGAUUCCGAUUUCGAGGUGUCGAGCAGCGAUGGUGGGUCACCGUCGAGCGAGAGUGGGGGCUCAGGCUCAGAUAAUGACGAGGGUAGUGGGGACGAGGGUGGUGAUGAGGAUGAGGGAGCAAGGAGUGAGAGUGGAUCUGCGCGCUCUGCCGAGGACGACGUCGGGUCGGACGACGAGGAAGAGAUGGACCCAAAGCAUCAUCCGCUCAUGCGUCCUGGCGCGAUGCCGCGAAUGUCUCGCACUGCUAUGGAUGUGGCCGUAGGCAUGGUCGUGAACGAUUUGAUUGGUGGUGGUGGCGGACGACCGAAGCGUACAGUCGAGGUAGACGUCGACGAAGAGGAGGAAGAUGAGUUAGAUGAGUAAAGUUGAGCUCACUUGUUGCCAUAUUGUAACGGGCAUGGAUAUUGGACAUGUCAACUUCCAUUGUUGCC